AUGGCUUCUGCUGUCUUCCUGGCCAUCCUGUGCUUGGGAGUGGCCUCUGCUGCUCCAUCAUAUGAUUACACUUUAGAUGCUGAGUGGGAGCAGUGGAAGAGGAGCCAUGAGAAAACCUACAGCCCAAAGGAAGAAAAACAGAGGAGAGCAGUAUGGGAAGAAAAUGUGAAAAUGAUCAAACUCCAUAGUGGGGUGAAUAGCCUAUGGAUAAACAACAUCACUGUAGAUAUGAAUGAAUUUGGGGACAUGACUGGCGAAGAAAUGAGGAAAAUGAUGAAUGAUAAUUCAGUUCUGUCUCUAAGAAAUGGGAAACACAUCCAGAAACGUGGAGGUGUCAAAAUUCCCCAAACUUUGGAUUGGAGAAAGGAAGGCUAUGUGACUCCUGUGAAAAGACAGGCAGGAUGUGGUGCGUGUUGGGCUUUUGCUGUGGCUGGUUCCAUAGAAGGACAGCUGUUCAGGAAAACAGGCAAACUGAACCCUCUGAGUGUACAGAACCUAGUGGACUGCUCUAGAUCUUUUGGCACUAUGGGCUGUAAAGGGGGCAGGAUCUAUAAUGCCUUUCAAUAUGUGAAGAACAAUGGAGGUCUGGAGGCUGAGGCCACCUAUCCAUAUGAAGCCAAGGAAGGACGCUGCAGGUACCGUCCUGAACGUUCUGUUGUUAAGGUCACCCGCUUUUUGGUUGUCCCAAGGAAUGAAGAAGCCCUAAUGAAUGCUCUAGUAACUAAUGGGCCCAUCGCUGUUGGAAUUGAUGCUAAACACAAAUCUUUUAUGAAAUAUACAGGAGGGAUAUAUCAUGAGCCAAACUGCAAACGUGAUUCUCCCAACCAUUCUGUGCUGUUGGUUGGUUUUGGCUAUGAAGGUCAAGAAUCCGAAGGCAGGAAAUAUUGGCUGGUAAAAAACAGCCAUGGUGAAGAAUGGGGUGAAAAAGGAUACAUGAAGAUUCCCAGAGACCAGAACAACUACUGUGGAAUUGCUUCCUAUGCCAUGUACCCAGUAUUGUGA